AUGACAUUAUCAUCGCUGAGUCCUUUGCCAUCAAAUUCUUGGACGUUGCCAUUGAUCAGUCUAGCUAUGCUGAUUUCCAAUAUAACUGUGGCUAACAAUGAGAGCCUGCCAACUCAUUUGCCAGUGGAAAGGGCAGUGGCUUGCGUUGUUCUCAGUUUGGCAUGCCUCAUUGGAAUACCUGGGAACUUGAUCGUGAUAUGCACGAUCCUUUUUAACAUUACACGCCGAUCUUCCACCAUCAUGCUGAUCUUGACUCUGGCUGUGGCAGACUUUGUGGUCCUCGCCACUUUGCCAUUUUGGAUUUACUCCCUCGCCGUCGCGUGGAUUUUUGGAGUUUUCUUCUGGAGGCUGACUCUCUACCUGAUCUUCGCCUCCAUGUACACCAGCGUGUUCCUCAUCAUGGUGAUGAGUUUGGAGCGUCUGUUGGGAGUUCUCCGGCCCUUUGCCAUCCAGAAGUGGCGGAAGAAAGCAAGAAUCAGAAACGUAAUUAUUUGCAUUUUGGUUUUAUCUUUGCUUCUCGCUGUACCUAAUAUGACUCUUGAAAUCAAGUUCGAUGCAGAAGGGCGUCCAAUGCACCGAGUCUACUCCUCCGGUAAACAGGAGAUAGGGCUUCUCCUGCUGACAACCUUGGCGGGGUUCCUAGUUCCCUUCAUCACACUAAUUAUUUCUUACAGCUUCAUUUCCAAAAGAAUAAAGCAAAUGAGCUGUCAAAGAAAAAACAGAGCGGGGAAGUUGAUCGCAAGCAUUGUGAUCGCGUUUGUCUUGUGCUGGUUACCGUUUCACGCAGUAAACAUUUGCAGGGUUACUGCACUGCUGACAGAGAAUUCAAAUUCCGGCUUCUCUGGUAGAUUAAACUCGACUUUUCUCCAAUUAAAGGAAGCUGCCGGGGCUCUGGCUUUUAUCAGUAGCUGUGUUAACCCUAUCCUCUAUGCUUUCGCUGCUCGGAACUUUAAAACGGGAUUUAAAGCUGCAAAUCUUGCAAAAGUCUUUGAACAAAUGAAUAGCAGCUUAAAAGAGAAACGGGACAAAGAGUCGAAUGACAACGAGCUUCGUUCUGAAUCGAUUAGAGGAGAACUUCAGUCAGUAAGGAUGGAUUUGAGUGACACUGAGAUGGAUCACUCACCAGUAGUGAAAAAUGCAGUGGUUGGCAUCAUCUUGAGCUUGGCUUCCCUCCUUGGAAUCCCAGGAAACAUACUGGUUAUCUGGAUCAUAGUCUUCAACAUGCAGAAGCAGAGAUCGCCCACCGUUGUGCUAAUUUUGAACUUGGCAGUAGCUGAUGUCUUGGUUCUGAUCACCUUGCCUCUGUGGAUCUACACUUUUGUGCAUGGUUGGCCAUUUGGACGGGCGUUUUGUAAAAUCCUGACCUUCAUCAUCCACUGCAACAUGUAUGUAAGCAUCUUCCUCAUCACAGUGAUGAGUGGAGAGCGCUUUCUGGCAGUUAUUUACCCAUUUACCUCGCAGCGAUGGCGCAAGAUCAUGGUGGUGCGUGUGAUGGUGCUACUUGUCUGGGUCUUGGCUUUUCUCUUUGCGAUUCCAGUGCUGAUGUACCAGGAACUCGACAGUGAUGAAAAUGGUCGACCUCAAUGCUUGUAUGUGAAUUUUGGCUCCGACGACGAGGAAAUUUUGUGCGUAAUGAUACAAUUCAUAGUUGCUUUUGUAAUUCCCUUUUCGAUGAUGUCUGUUUUCUACAUUUGCAUUGGUAGGAAAUUAAAAGGCAUGACUUUUCAAAGACAUACCAGAACUGGGACGGUAAUUGUAACUGUGGUGAUUGUAUUUUUCAUUUGCUGGAUGCCUUACCAUGCUGUCAACCUGGUUUCAGUCAUAGCACUGAUGACUAAGACUAAUGAAGCUAUUUCCAACACGUUAAAUAAUAUCUAUAAUUAUGGCAUCCUAGUUGCUGGAGCUUUAGUUUUUUUCAACAGCUGUGCCAAUCCUAUUAUUUAUGCACUUGCUGCACGGAAUAUCCGAAAUGGCUUUCAAGUGUCAGCCUUUGGCAAGUUUUUUGACCAGAUGACACAUUCUCUUAAAGAAGAAUCCAAGAAGGAAAGCAAGGGUUCAUCAAAACAAGAAUUGAGCUUUACUUUGGAAGACUGCCAUUCUCUCCAGAACAGCUAAACUGGUUUUCAACAAACUACAAACUGGUAAAAGUUUCAAUAUGCUCAGUAUCCUCUCAUUUACCCUUUCCUGCCUUGCUUUGCGACUACCCACCAUGUAAUAAAUGGAGUGGGCUUCUGGGGAGAUAUGGGCUCCUGUGUGGGUGUAAGACUGCAUGGAGCAAGUGCAAAACAGAACUACUCAUGUUGCUGGUGAGUUUUUGUCUUGUCUGGCAUUCAUUUCACAGACUUUUUCCUGGUGUGCCAUUUGACAGUUCUGCAAAUUAAAUCUAGCAAGCAUGGAGCCCUCACUGCUCUGGGAACUGAGGGGUCAAUUUUAUUUUGAUGUACUUUAUUUCACUUAUAGUUCUCAUAAUGGUGCUUGUGUUCAGCUCUGCUGAUGGAGAGAUAUUGAAGUAAAAUUAAUUGCUCCUCUGAAAAUAGCAACAAAGGUGAGACACAUGAGGAUUCCAGAACCUCAUGGGAUUCUGGCCUUGAAUACCAUUCACUUAAAGAAAAUGUACAUCUCUCAAGAACAAGACCUGGCAAAUGCAAGAUCUUACGAAAAUCUGGAAGAUAUCAAAAUGUACGAAUGUGAAACUAAAUUCAACUUCUGGACCCACGAGCAGCAAUUGACAAAGUGGCCAGAGAGAUGCAGAGGAGGAAGGGUGGAACCACUGAGAAGGGACACAUCACCAUUUGUUCAUUGUACCCUUUGACAAACAUGUUAUGGAUGAAGCAAAUCUGGUUGAAUUUCAUCGAUGGGUACCGGGUUUGAAAACGAUCAUGAUAUAAGGCUAAAUUUGGACAAGAAUAAUGAUUUCAAAAAAGGAGAGGAAAAUUGGGGAAAGUUGGGCCCAUUCAUGAUUCCCAAAAUUUGUUUGAAGGCAUUGUUGCUGCCGAGCAUGAAGAAGCUACAGAGGAAGCCUCAACGGAGAGCCCCAGAUGCAGACUGAGGUGACUGACCAAGUGACAUCCAAGGGAAGCACAAAUGGGACUUUGUUCUUACCAGCUGUCCAAAAGACUGAGACGACCCGUGAUGUGGUUAAUUUUGCAAUCUUGUCUAGUGUAUGUUAUGUUCUCCUUUUUAAAGGAGGUGAACAGGGUAGCGUGUUUAACAUUGGCUGUAAAAGGAAACUGUAGCUUUCAGUCUGCGAUCUCAUUAAGUAAUUGUCAUGUAGUUGACUGUUCUCUGUGUUGCAGCAAUGACUUGCUAAGGCAGAAGCUAUUGGA